UUCAGAAAACCGCAGCGGGUGUUUAGGUAAUUCUAUUCCAGCACAUUCAUCACCAGGACCUCCAAGCUAUUUCUUCCUUCCACAUUCAAUUUCAUAAGUGGACUCCUUCCACUAGCAUAGUAGGCUGCGUCUUCUGACUCCUUCCAAAAUAUUUCUUCCUCUAUCAAGACGAACCAGGCAGGUUAAGUUCAUCUCUCAAGGACCGUUUUGCUAUGUACACUGCUGUUGUUGUACUCGCGCAGAAAGCGGGAAUGCAUGUUGUGCGCGUUCUCCUGGUCCUUCUCGCUUGGAGGGUGAGGCAGCAGACUGUGUCUUCAAAACCCACACGUCGGAAGUCACCAGAUCUUGAGAUGGAUGUCCCGCAAUUGAAGCGCCCGCCUCACAUUUUCAAAACUGAUAUUCAAGAAACCCUCCAAUGGCAAAUGGAGAACUCUACGGGGAAGCGACAGGCGAGGGAAGUUCUCUUCAUCCACGAACCAACUCCUGCGCCAACUUAUUGCAAGUUUUCUUAAAAUAACCUUACGCACCUUCGGAGGAAGAACAUAGCAGAAGCAGGUCAAACUCAAGGCUCAAACUCAGGGCAAUGUUAACGUCAACUUAAGAACAUGUCACCGCUUACUGGCCACUUAAAAAAUGCAUACUCGUGCGUAGAACAUGCUCGUAUCAAACGCCUCUACAGAGUGCUACUUCUCUGUGGUGGUGGGUGGUGGUGAGGUGAUGCAGGGAGAAAGCUUCUGUCAGCCUACUCUGGAGUGGCGGCUCGUUGCACCCUGCAAGAGGGGUGGGAGAGAUGAUGGUGGUACAGGAGAGAGAGGGGUGCGCUAACCUUAUUGAUCUGGGAUUGGGGUAGUCCAAGAGCACAACCCACCACAGAAAACAUGCGAGCAUCCCUCAGUAGGCUUCAUUGGGAUGCGCCCUGUACCACGGUAGCCAACAGGAUUAUUGGCGAAGUUACCCCGUGUACUACUUCUCCCCACUUUCGAAAAGAGAGGGCGAGUACCCACUUGCGAUACACACGUCAGAAAUCAGGUGCAUUUCGUUCACUCGGCGUUUCAGUAGAGAUACCGCUAUCAUUGUCUGGUUACUUACACACACAGCGGCGAAAGCCCCGAAGAUCUCAAUUGUGCUGCGUUAUAUUCCAGAUACUGCGAAGCACAAGACAGGUAAGCGGUGCUCGGACGACUUCGACUGCGUGCAAGUCUUGGGCCAAGUGUGCAACAUCGAGAAGCAAGGCUCGACAGGAACCUGUCAGUGCCCCGACACCACACCUGUUCGUGUAGUGGAGCACGACCAGCCAAGAUGUGUCUCUGCUCGCCUGAUCUUCGAAGACUGCGCGGACACCGCCGAAUGUGCGUUCCUCAACCCUUAUGUGGAAUGUGUGAACCAGAUCUGCACCUGCUCGCCACCGAACGUUAUGAAAAGGAAGGACCUUUGCAUCCCAGAUUCAGCAUCCAGUACUACUUCCCAGACGGCCAACGUGUUUGCCAUGCUUCUCAUGAGCAUCGGAGCUAUCGCAGGCUUUGCAGCUCUUGUGGCCAGGAUCAUAAUUGUCAGAGAAGGCCGACACCAAGAUAGCGACGAAGGACCACAUGGUCGUUAUCGAUGGCGACAUCACGCGGAUGAUCCUCCGAUGGCCCUGUUAAGCAAAGGCAUCAAGCGCAUUUUCAAUGACUGCAAAGAUAAGAUACAAGAUAUGGUACUUCGAAAGCCCGUGCUCUCUCCGCAGAUGCAAAGUCUAAUCGAAAUCCGGCCUACCAGGCCUACCAGAACCUCCCAUGAGAGCACGGUUGUGGUCGAUGUCCACGUGCCAUACGAACCGUUGGACUUUGAGGACAUAGCUUCAUUGGAAUCUCACCUUCGCAGAGCAACGCGACUGCUUUCUCAAGAAGCGUCUCCAACAACAGCAAAUACUUCAUUGGGAGCGACAACAUCACACAGGUCGAAGAUUACUAAGAAGUCAGUCGAGCCGUUGCAACAGACCUCCCCAGUUACCACUCCAAAUAUGGCGACAUCUCUGGAUUCUCAAAGGCAAGCUGACGAUGUCCUUGUGCCGCAUAUUGAACACGCCGAAGUGAAUGCGGACCCACCAUCGCCAAAGCACGGAGACGACGAGAAAAGGCGAGAUUUCAACUUGAACGCGGACCUAAAACACAUUAUGGAGAUAGUUAUAGACCAGCUCUCAAACCCGCGGAGCAGCCCAGCUGGGCUCCGCAGAAUCGAAGGAGACGAAUGCAGAGUAGAAGUUGACGAGGGCAAGUUUUCUGAUACAGUCCGAGCCGUGUAUUCUCGAACUCUCCUCAAGCUACGCCAGAAGCUACACACUAUGGCGGCGCAGGAAGCCCCCAGCGUUGACCAAGUGUCUUUCGGAGAUUCCUGUCGGACGUCCAGCGCUAUUCCAAGAAAUAAAACCGUGGAGCUGCUUCCUUCUCUCGAUAAAGGGUGCGGCGAAGCAAAAGGCAAAACGUACGCGGAUGUGUCCACCCUAUGUCGAAUUCUCCACACUCCACACUCUGUCUCGAACGAUCCACAUAAGCGAAUUCGAAUAAGCGAUACGGUCUCCGAACAUCGGGUCGGUAGAAAUUUUCCGGGGCCUCCAGUCUAUGGUGUUCCUCGCUUGCAGACUCAUCAAAGCACCCCUGCAACCAUCGAUGCUUUUCCUGUUACACAGACACCCGAUCGUCUUCCAAAAAGGUGUUACCUUCUUAGAGACGAACGACAAGAUAAUGCGACGACCGAAUCAUUUCACUCUUGUUCCGACCCCAAUCGUUUUAUGAGACAACAGAAGUUCAUUCCGACGACGACCCUGCCGAUAUCCGAUUCAGCAAAACUGGUUCUGGAGCCGAUUUCGAGUGAUGUGGACCUUCACAAUCGUCCUAGGGAUAGUCUGAAGGCGUACCUUGCAGGCAAGGCUCCGACGGUAGCUACUGCAGAUUGUCCCUCGAUAAAUGAUUCCUUGGAAAACAAUGGGGAGGUUGAUAGAACACAGUCAGGUGUUGGUGGAUUCACAAAAAUGGUACACCCGAGGGUACACUACAUUGACUCUGACAAUGCCUUGCAAGUCAGAGAAGAAACCUCGCUCUGCGGUAUACCAAAGAAGCUUCUUAAGAAGCCACCUAAAAUCGUUUUAUCCCCGAUAAAAGACGAGGUCGUAGGUCUGCAAGCCGAAGAAGAAACGCCACUACUUAACCUGGAAACCUGGAUACCUAAGAAGAAAAGGAACAAGUCAGUUCUUCUACCCCCUUAUUCAAGAAAGAGAGGAGGUUUACAAUAUCACACACAAGAUAGUUCAUUUUCGUUGUCACGACUGGAACUAGGGUCAUACAUGCCUAAUCCGUCGACGUCCAGGCUUCUCAAUAGGUCCUGUACGUACAUUCAUGGUUGGGGUUGCAAAGACGUGCUGCAGAAAGUGGACGCUUGUGACAGAACGCCCGUUGAAGAAAGCAUUGUUCUGUGCUCUUCGGGGCCUUCGAGCGAAGUGAAAGAAUAUGCGCAAUCCUACCACGAAAGAGUGAUUAGGACAGGCACUGCUGCCACAUACGUAGAUCCCACCUCAAGUAGCCUCCCUUCAGAUAUUCAAUGUCCUGCGCUCUUUCUGUUAAAUACACCAAGACAAGAUAUGGCAUGCAGCAAAGUUGAAGAGAUCGUUGAGAAGAACCUGCAAACAGUCGCAUCGUCCUCGAUACUAAAUGACACUACAGCUAAGUUAUCUCCACCUCGAAAGGCAUGCGAAGAGGUCAAGUUGACAAUCACCGAGAACGACAUCAUCCAGUGCUUAAACAGAGUCGUAGGACCAAAUCGAGCCAUAGCUGUAGAAGAAAACAGGAAGUUCCCAGAAGCAAAAGCUACGCAGGAGGCUGUGUGCGGUUACGACUUGAUGCAAGACGUGCUUUUGAACGAGGACUUCCUAAGUACCAGUGACGUUUCCAAAGUUGAUAUUAAUCCCAAAGGAAAUUCCACCGCGCCUAAAGCUGAUCUGGAAGCAUUCAGUCAGCCACUUUCGCGCCUACGAAGAGGCCACUUGAAAAAUAUCCUGAAGGAAAUUUUGGAAGAAGAGUACGCCCAUGUUCUUCAGCUCGCAACACAUGGGGUGCCGUCGAUGCAGAGCACAACGGCUCCUCCGGUGCCUUUCGAACACGAAAACUUGCUAGCGCUCACCCAUGAGCCAUUGGAAAAGGUGAAUAGGGAAAGCUCUGGUACUUCGACACGCAACAAGCUUAUUGCUCCAGAAUCACCAUCAACGAACUAUGUUAAACCAGAGUGUGAAUUUACAACUGCGCGGUCGAGCGGUGAAGCUAACACGGCGGAAGGAUUCGACCUGCAGCCGUCAUCAGGAACUCGGCAAACUUCUUCAUCUUCGAAAGAUUCACCUGGACAAACGACGACCACGGUUACGACAGCUGACAACACGGUUACGCAAGAAACAUCAUCGACAUCUACCAGAAGGUUUUACACGGAAUUAAGCUUCCCAGACGUGGACAUUCAUGGAGCUGAUGGUGACGCCCCCGGGAGUGAGACUUCGUCGUCAGAGGAUACCACCACUGGUGCAAUGACGACUCAGACGACGGAAGAUAGCUUGGAUGAAGACGGUUAUGUUCACUUGGAAGAGAAAGAAAUGACGAAGUUCUUAUCUCAAGUUACUGUCGUUAAUUCAUCAGAAUCUAAUAUAGGGUCUAACGAUUGCGAAAAACCUCGUCGUUCUGUUGAUACGCGAUUCCCAUUUAGCCCGAGAAGGCGACGACCACCUGAAAAACAUCGAGAUCAAGACACUAAAACAAUGAGCUGGGUCCCUCCGAUUCCUAAAUUGCUCCUAAAAGAAUACAGGAAAAAUGUUCUCAAGAACGCAGCAGGAGUACAACAGAUGACACCCGAAGUGACACCCUCUCAACACCACACGCGCGAAGGCGCGAUUGGAAAUAUCGUACCUCUGGAGGAAACGACGUCUUCUCCUCCCGACGGCAACACCGCCAGAUGGACUGAGCCAUUUCGAGAAGAAUAUCGUGACACCGAGAGCAUAUGUGCAAACUACACCACCACGGGAGUUGCAGUCGUGAGAUUUUCGUCCGUGUCAGGCAGCAAAACCGAAGACUCGAGAGAAGGUGGACAAAGAGACCGGAAAAGUGGCUUCACCAACGGAAAACGAACGAGGCCGAAAUCUGCGUCAUUCCACGGCAUCCUUCCGUCCGACAGACUAGGCAGCGUUGAUGGUGAACCUGCUUUCGUCCCGCGUUCCAAGUCGUAUACAGAAUAUUGGCUUAGGACUGUUUCCCUCUACAAGGAAGUCUCAUCCUGCCAAAUCUCACCUUCAACGGAUCCUUCGGGCGACGUUAUGGAAACCGAAUCCAUGGCUCAUGUGCUGCAUGGCUUGGACGACACAAGACAGGGAACAACGUUGGAGGAGAUCGACCUCGAAAACUUCAUCCGCGAAAACCAGAUGAAUCCACUUCUGAAGACUUUCUUGUACAUGCAUAAAACGGCGUACCAGACAUCUGUGACGCGGGAUACACCCAAAUCAACCACGUACGUGAGUUACGACUUACAAGGUAAGCCCAUUUCUUCUAAUGUCCCGCAACCAUUUGAACCGGACGAGAUGAUACCGAAGACGGACUACCCGACUUCACUAGAAAUUAAACCACCAAAUAUCGAAACCGACAGGAAGAAAUCAUCCAGUUUGCAGUCCAGCGCAGACUACCGCAUUAUUCCAGCUCUUCCACAGUGCGAAAGUACGUCGGAGGCAACAAUCAUUGUCGACUGCGACCGAGGCAGGCGCUUUUAUGAUACGGAACGUCAAAGUGGGAUCUUCUCACCCAACGGUGCAACCACCAUCGCAGAGCAGGCCAGUUUCGAAGACAGCUCUAGCAGCGGUCCUCCAAAAUCGCUCAAGAAAACGCUGCGAAAAACUGCGCCGUACCGUACGCCGUUCCCUCUCUGCAGCAGUUCGCGGUCGAGCGCCGUUGCUCCGAUCAGUCUGAGAAUGUUGAGACGUACGAACUCGACGGAAUACAUGACGCCGUCUAUGACACAAGGUCGUAGCCGAAUAGGGAAUUCCGUCGAAGAGGAAAAACCGUUGAAGAAGUGCGUAAGCGCCCUUUCGUACCUUGAGAAAAACCGUCUUUGGAAACCGGACUCGUUGCCCUUUCAGCGAUGGCUGAACGCGGCCAGGAGGGCGUCGUUAAGGCCUGGCGAUGGAGGGUCUGUCCUGGAUGCGUCGGGACGCCCAUCUUCUCAAGAUAUGAUAAUGUCGAGCGAGUCGUCUGAGGAGGAAGAGAUGCAUAGCUUGGCGUCUACUACGAUGCAGACUAUGGACGAAGCUGGUACGGAAGGCGAAGAAAUAGCUUGAAGUGCUCAUAGUUAUAAUAAACCAAUGUAUAGUGGA